UUUCGGAUACACAAAAAAGCAUGGAAUGCUUAUAACCCUACCUUAGGGCUUUCCUUCUCUCUCUCUCUCUCCCUCUUUGAAUUUUUAUUACCAAAAAAAAAAAAAAAUGAAGAAAAUAAAGGGGAAAUCUGAUCAUCUUCUCAGCCACAGCCAAAGCACAGCCUGUGUAACUCUGUGAAAUUCCUCUUACCCAAUUGAAAAAGCAAGAGACAGCACACAAUUUCCAGCUUCCCCAACUCAUACUCUAACCUUUUCUCUUUCUUUCACUCCCUUCUUUUCAAUCCCUUUAACCUAAGUUCCCACCAAUGCCUUCCAAACCUUACUGGCUUUCCAUUUUUCUGUAAUCACAGUCCCCCAUUUUGCAGAACCUCAACUGGGUUUUGCUCUAACAAUCUCAAAAUGCAAACCCAUAUGGGAACUCGUUUCCUCUCUUUGUUGUUGGUGGGAUUCUGCCUUCUACUUCCCACUGUUAAACCAGAUCUUGCUUCUGAUAGAACAGCUCUUUUGGCCCUUCGUUCUGCUGUGGGUGGCCGAACUCUUAUGCUCUGGAAUGUGACUGAUCAGAACACCUGUUCUUGGCCUGGGAUUCAAUGCGAGGACAAUCGUGUCACUGUUCUUCGUCUCCCCGGAGCGGCGCUUUUCGGUCCAUUACCGAAUGGGAUUUUUGGGAACUUGACUCACCUUCGUACUCUCAGCCUUCGGCUCAAUGCCCUUUCCGGUCAGCUCCCUUCAGAUCUCUCUGCCUGCAUUAAUCUUCGCAACCUCUAUUUGCAAGGUAAUGAGUUUUCAGGCCUUGUCCCUGAUUUCUUGUUUCAGCUUCAUGACCUUGUUCGUCUUAAUUUGGCUUCCAAUAACUUUUCUGGGGAGAUCUCUUCCGGGUUCAACAAUUUGACCCGUCUCAAGACUCUGUUCCUUGAGAAAAAUCAUCUCUCUGGGUCUAUCCCGGACUUGAAGAUCCCUCUGGAUCAGUUCAAUGUUUCUAACAAUCAGUUAAAUGGGUCGGUUCCUAAGGAAUUGCAAUCGUUUUCUUCGAGUUCCUUUUUGGGUAAUUCUCUCUGCGGCCAUCCUCUUGAGGCUUGCUCUGGUGAUCUUGUUGUGCCGACAGGGGAGGUUGGGAGCAAUGGCGGCUCUGGACAUAAGAAAAAGCUGUCAGGGGGAGCCAUUGCUGGUAUUGUCAUUGGAUCUGUACUGGGUUUUGUGUUGAUACUUGUAAUCUUAAUGCUUUUGUGCCGAAAGAAGAGUGCUAAGAAAACGAGUUCAGUUGAUGUAGCCACAUUGAAGCAUCCUGAAGUGGAAGUUCAAGGCGGUAAGUCAGCUGAGGAGAUUGAAAAUGGGGGUUAUAAUAAUGGUUAUACUGUGCCAGCCACUGUUGCUGCUGCUUCUGCUGCAACAGUCGUGGCCGGGACUGGAAAGGGGGAAGUGAAUGCCAAUGGUACUGGGACUAAGAAAUUGGUGUUUUUUGGUAAUGCUGCAAGGGUUUUUGAUUUGGAGGAUCUUUUGAGAGCUUCAGCUGAAGUGUUGGGGAAAGGAACCUUUGGGACUGCUUACAAAGCUGUUUUGGAAGUGGGUUCUGUGGUGGCUGUGAAGAGGUUGAAGGAUGUUACAAUAACAGAGAGGGAAUUCAGAGAGAAGAUCGAAGCUGUUGGAUCUAUGGAUCAUGAAAAUUUGGUCCCUCUAAGGGCUUACUAUUUCAGUAGGGAUGAGAAGCUUCUUGUCUAUGAUUACAUGGCCAUGGGAAGCUUAUCUGCUCUUUUACAUGGAAACAAAGGAGCUGGUAGGACUCCAUUGAAUUGGGAAAUCAGGUCUGGAAUUGCCCUUGGAGCUGCUCGUGGCAUUGAAUAUCUGCAUUCUCAAGGCCCUAAUGUUUCCCAUGGAAACAUAAAAUCUUCCAAUAUUCUUCUAACAAAAUCUUAUGAUGCUCGAGUCUCCGAUUUCGGUUUAGCACAUCUUGUUGGACCACCUUCCAGCCCCAACAGAGUUGCUGGUUACCGUGCACCAGAGGUCACUGAUCCUCGUAAAGUACCCCAUAAGGCCGAUGUCUAUAGCUUUGGCGUAUUGCUUUUGGAGCUUUUGACAGGUAAGGCUCCUACUCACUCCCUUUUGAACGAGGAAGGAGUUGAUCUACCCAGAUGGGUGCAGUCAGUUGUUAGGGAGGAGUGGACUUCCGAAGUUUUCGACCUUGAGCUUCUUAGGUACCAAAACGUUGAGGAGGAGAUGGUUCAACUAUUGCAGCUUGCAGUCGAUUGUGCAGCUCAGUAUCCUGAUAAGCGUCCCACAAUGUCCGAAGUCACAAAGCGUAUAGAAGAGCUUCGCCAAUCCAGCCUUCACGAAGCCGUGAAUCCACAAUCCGACGCUGCUCAAGAUUCAGACGACAUGUCUUCUAGGUGAGUUUGGUGGUUUAUAGGGAAAAAUUUAUCUCCAUUUGUUGCAAUUUCUCAAUUUACCUGUCAUCAUAUCUUUCAUUUGAAGCCAAGAAAAAGAAAAAAAAAAGGAUUCGCCAUCAAUUUGAAUUCCCUAAUCUCUUGUUAUUGUACUAAUUUUUUUCCCUUUUUGUUUCACUCUGUUCAGUCAAUACUUGGGGGUGGAUGAUAAAUUGCCAUAGCUUCUUGUAUUUUGUUGUUGUUGGGUUGGGUGGGUGAUGUAAUUAAUUACUGCCUUUGCCUUUACUUUUGGCUUUUGGCUUUUGCUUUUUGCUUCUGAUGCAACUUUUGAUCUGUUCAAAUUGAGAUGUUCUUCUUUUUUAGUUUCUAUGA